AGUAUUAAAUGUAAUAUGGACAACCAAAAUAAAAAGGGAGCCAUUAAAAAGCAUGCUCGUAAUUUUCAAAAUAAAUGGUUAGUUGAAGAUAUAUUUAAAGGGUGGUUGGCUCCCGAUAAAAAUAAAGCUAAAUGCAGUUUGUGCAAUGUUACAAUCAGAUGUUGCAGAGCAGAUUUAGUGCGACAUUCACAAACGACCAAGCAUGUUGAAAUGGUUAAUAAUAAAGAUGAAAGCCUUAAUAAUAAUAACAAUAAUCAAAUGUGUCAUAGCGAUAGCGUAAAACAUGCAGAAAUCAAAUUAGCUACAUUUUUCGCAGAGCAUAAUGUUGCUCUUUAUACCGCGGAUCAUUUAAUUCCCUUAUUACAAAAUAUUUUUAAAGAUUCUGCAAUUGCACACGAUAUUUCUCUGGGUCGAUCUAAAUGCACUUCUAUUAUUAAAAAUGUAAUAGCAAAGCGUGAAGUCAAAAAACUCGUAGAAUAUUUAAAAAAAUAUAGAUUUUCUAUUUUAAUAGACGAAAGCACAGACAUUGGGGAUACUAAGAUUAUGUGCGUUCUUGUACAAUUUUGGUUGCAAAAAGAAAAAAUGGUCAAAACUCAAUUAUUAGAAUUAGUUUCAUUAGACGCUAGAGACUGUUCAGCAGAAAAACUUUUUCAAAAAUUUAAGGUAGUUUUAAAUAAUAAAAAUAUCCCCAUAAAAAAUGUUGUUGGAAUGGCAAGCGAUAAUGCAUCAGUAAUGACAGGAUGCAAUAAUUCGUUUUUUUCGCGUUUGCAAUUAGAGACACCGGGUGUAAUUUUAUUAAAUUGUAUUUGCCAUUCUUCCGCGAUAAUAGCCAGUAAAGCGUGCAAAAAAUUACCGGAUUCUUGUGAACAGUUAAUUAGAGGAAUUGCAACUUAUAUAUCGGGCAGUGCAAAGAGGUGUGCAAUUUUAACAGAGUUUAAAGAAUUUUUUCAGGUAGAAAAACAGAAAAUUUUAAGAUUAUGUAAUACAAGAUGGCUUGUUUUACAAAAAUGCGUGAUUAGAAUUCUUGAUCAAUGGGAAGUAUUAAAAAAUUAUUUUAUUUUAGCCACCAUUGAAGACAAAUCAAAAUCUGCGAAAGUAAUUUUAACACAAUUGAAUGACAAUGUUAUUAAAUCGUAUUUACUUUUUUUAAAAUAUUCUUUAAAUUAUUUUAACAAAUUUAACGCUCUUUUUCAAUCACGCAAUAUUUUAAUUCAAACGUUACAUAAAAAUAGUCAACAGCUUAUUCAACAUAUAGCAAUUAAUUUUAUGGCUCCUGAGGCUUUGAAAAACAUUGCAAUAUUAACCAUUUCUGAUGAAAAUGAUGAUCAAUAUCUAAAUCAUUUACGAUUGGGGUCUGAAUCAAGUACUACCGCUUCAGACCACGCGACCACCCACGCCUCAACCACGACAUCAAAGCAACCGAUCAAGCGGUUGGCCCACGCGAGAGCAAAGGACUGCUUGCUGGAGAUAUUCAGGAACACGCUUUCCGACUUGAAGGGCACUCCAAUAUCCAGGCCGAGAUCAACCCGCGCCGAGAAAGCCACACCGGUGACAGCUGUCACACAACCGACCGCUCCAACGACGCCUCCCACGGAAGGCGCGAGCCAGGCCAUCCCGCUGAAAGCCACGACACCGUACCGACCGGAGAACCAACCAACUCCGACGAAUUCGCCCACCACACCGAAGGUCAUCACCGCCGUCAGCGAGAAAGUGCCACACCCACCAGAGCAGCCAGCACUAGUGCGGACACCCGUCACACCCAAAGACACGCUACCAGCCGCGAUCAACACACUUGCGACCACCGCACACCGAGCCUUCCCAUCUGUGCCAAUACGAGUGCGUGAAGAUUUGGUGAUAUACGUGCCGUACCACGCUGCAAGAAUGUCGCGGGUGUACAAAGUGCGGUUAGCAACGCGCCGUUACGCUUCAACUGCGCCGGCCGUUGCCACUACGUACGGGAAUUUCCGGCGUAGUAGCCAUAGUUCGCCACUUAAACAGGGAAGGGUGAUGUAA